AAAUCCGUUCAUUGCAUGCUAAUUUUGAAUACAAUAUUAGAAACUAUAAUCGAAAGACUUUCCCUAGGCAUUCGACAGUCAGCUGACGCGAACCAAAGGGAGAUCGUCACCUACCUACCUUUAGUGUUCAUUUCUUCAACUUCGCAAAAGAUCUUAUAUCAGUCCAGGGAUAGUUCCAUUAUGCGUGAAUGUAUAUCUAUACACGUCGGCCAGGCAGGAUGUCAGAUCGGCAACUCUUGCUGGGAGCUGUACUGUUUGGAGCAUGGUAUCCAGCCAGAUGGACUGAUGCCAAGCGAUAAAACUCUAGGCUAUGGGGAUGAUUCUUUCAACACGUUCUUCAGUGAAACUGGAUCAGGAAAACACGUCCCUCGGGCAAUCUUUGUUGACCUAGAGCCUACUGUUAUAGAUGAAGUUCGCACUGGGACCUAUCGACAGUUAUUCCACCCUGACCAGCUGUUUACAGGCAAGGAAGACGCUGCUAAUAACUAUGCUCGUGGCCACUACACUGUCGGCAAGGAACACAUCGACAAUGUGUUGGAUAAAACCAGGAAAAUGGCCGACCAGUGCAGUGGCCUUCAAGGCUUCUUGAUCUUUCAUUCCUUUGGGGGUGGUACAGGAUCUGGCUUCACCUCCCUCCUCAUGGAGCGCCUUUCUGUUGACUACGGCAAGAAGUCCAAACUUCAAUUUGCCAUCUACCCAGCACCUCAGGUCUCUACAGCUGUGGUUGAGCCCUACAACUCCAUCCUGACUACCCACACCACCCUGGAGCAUUCCGACUGCGCAUUCAUGGUUGAUAACGAGGCUAUUUAUGACAUCUGUCGUCGGAACCUCGAUAUCGAGCGGCCGACGUACACCAAUCUGAACCGUCUGAUUGGUCAGAUUGUGUCGUCAAUCACUGCCUCGCUUCGGUUUGAUGGUGCCUUGAAUGUGGACCUCACGGAAUUUCAGACCAACUUGGUACCGUAUCCUCGAAUUCACUUCCCUCUCGCUACAUACGCCCCUGUCAUCUCCGCCGAGAAAGCUUACCACGAGCAACUGAGCGUUGCUGAGAUCACGAGUGCAUGCUUUGAACCAGCCAAUCAGAUGGUAAAAUGCGAUCCACGUCACGGCAAAUACAUGGCUUGUUGUCUGUUGUUCCGCGGGGACGUGGUACCGAAGGAUGUGAACGCCGCUAUUGCUAGCAUCAAGACGAAAAGGACAAUUCAGUUUGUCGAUUGGUGUCCCACUGGAUUCAAGGUUGGAAUCAACUACCAGCCUCCCACAGUUGUUCCUGGCGGUGACCUGGCCAAGGUUCAACGUGCUGUGUGUAUGUUGAGUAACACCACAGCCAUUGCUGAGGCCUGGGCCCGUCUGGAUCACAAGUUUGAUCUGAUGUACGCCAAGCGUGCUUUUGUCCACUGGUAUGUGGGUGAGGGCAUGGAGGAAGGAGAGUUCUCUGAGGCUCGUGAAGAUUUGGCUGCCCUGGAGAAGGAUUAUGAAGAAGUUGGCGUGGAUUCGCAGGAAGAUGACGAAGAAGGAGACGAAUAUUAAACACUGGAAUGAAGCGAACUGUGUCUUAGCGAGGGGAAGAAAAUUUUCUUAGUUAGUACAUCAAUGCUAGUUAAUAUAACAACGAAUAGAUUCAGUAACAUGCAUUUGCAUUGAAAUAAAGAAAUGAAAACAUG